AUGACACUUAACGAUACAGCAUUCAACUGGACUGGAACGCACAAUUUGGCAGAAGUAUCAAAGGCCGAUUAUGAUAACUGCACCAAGGUAUCAAGUUACUUUGGUAGCCCUCUUGUAUUCACUCCUCAAUCAACUGGUUCUCACUACUUCAUCUGCACCGUGGAUGACCACUGUGAACGGGGUCAAAAGGUGGCUCUCACCGUUUUGACCCCAGAUUUCACCGUUGGAUCGCCGGCCGAACCACCCGUGUCCUCCGCUUCAUCUCUGACAGCAGGUGCCUUAUAUGCAGUGCUCUCCACCGCAGUCUCUUUCUUGACUAACAUCUAA